GCUGUGCAGAAGUCACAGUUAGUUUUUCUGCUCCGGAGUAGACGUUUGUCAUUACGUUUUUGUUAUCAAUAUUUUUAUACACUUUUUCAAGAAGUUCUUAUAUCUCCCAUAGAAAAUGGCUGAUUAUUUAGAUGCCGAAGCAGAAGAAAGUGAGGAGGAAGAAGAACUUGAUGUUAACGAAAAGAAAAAACUUAAAAAAUUAAGGAUGAAAGACAGUGACGACGACGAAGAGUAUGAUGAAGAAGAGGAAGGAGAAGUUUCGGGACUUAUUGAUGAUAAUCCAAUCGAUGAUGACAAUGAUGAAGACAGUGAAGACUCUGAUGAUUCUAGAAAACGUAAAAAAAGUGAUGAUGAAGAUUUUGAUGACCGUUUAGAAGAUGAAGAUUAUGAUCUACUUGAAGAAAAUUUAGGAGUUAAAGUUGAAAGGAAACGUCGUUUUAAGCGUUUACGUAGGGUACAAGAUGAAGACUCAGAAGAAGAGAAAGGAGAGGUAGAUGAUGAAAGAGAUGCUAUUGCUAAUGAAUUGUUUCAAAGUUCUGGAGAGGAAGAUGAGGAAAGAAAUGAAGUUGGUCUAAGGGGUGAAACGGAAGACUUUGAUGAAGAAGAAAGUGAGGAUGAAGAUGAUUUCAUUGUGGAUGGUGAUGGAAUACCCAUAACUGAAAAAAGAAAAAAGAAAAAACCUAUAUUCUCAGAUGCUGCUUUGCAAGAAGCCCAAGAUAUUUUUGGUAUUGAUUUUGAUUACGAUGAAUUCGGGAAAUAUGAAGAGAAUGAGUUCAAAGAAGAGGAAGAAGAAGAAGAAGAAGAUGAAGAUGAAUAUAUUCAGGAUGAAAUAGACUGUCGAAAACGGUUGAAAAAAAAUUUUAAGAAAAGAAGCAUAAGGAAAAGUAUCUUUGAACUGUACGAACCUAGUGAACUUAUACGUGGUCAUUUCACCGAUGUGGAUAAUGAGAUUCGUACUACAGAUAUUCCUGAACGCAUGCAAAUUCGCGCUGUUCCCGUUACACCUACAGCGGAAGGUUCGGAUGAAUUAGAUCUUGAAGCAGACUGGAUAUAUAAACAAGCAUUCUGUCAACCAACUAUUUCAAUACAAGAUGCCUAUCUAAAUGAAGAAGCUAAGGAAAGAACUAAAAAGGGGCCGCAAACAGUCGGCAAAAUUAAAAAAGUUUUAGAUUUUAUACGUAAUCAAAACUUCGAAGUUCCAUUUAUUUCAUUUUAUAGAAAAGAAUAUGUUUCUCCAGAAUUAAAUAUUAAUGAUUUAUGGAAAAUUUAUAAAUUCGAUGUAAAAUGGUAUCAAUUAAAACAAAGAAAAGAAAAUUUAUUGAAAUUAUUUGAAAGGAUGAGAAAUUUUCAAUUAAAUGAAAUUAUGAAAAAUCCAAAUGCUCCAUUACUUGACAAUAUACGAGUCAUUAAAGACGACGAUAUUGAACGACUUAAAAAUAUUCAAACUUUUGAAGAGUUAAAUGUUAUUUAUCAGCAUUUUAUGUUGUAUUACAAUCAGAGUUUAUCAGCCAUGCAAAAAGACACACGUAAGAAGGAAAAAGAACUACGAAAAAAAGCUAAAUUAGAGAAAAGAAAACAAUUUGUAGAAGCUGAAGAAAAUGAAGAAGAUCCUGCUAAAGAAAUUUCGGAUGUAGAUGACGAAGAAGAAGAAAUUGAUGACUCAUUGAAGCAGCCAGUUAGAAAAGGUCCUUAUUACCUUUGCAAAAAAGCUGGCUUAGAUGGACUUGCCAAAAAAUUUGGUCUUUCUCCAGAACAUUUCGCUGAAAAUCUUAGAGAUAAUUAUCAACGUCAUGAAAUAGAUCAAGAGCCAACAGAACCUGCAGUAGUAGCAAAUGAUUUUUGUUCAGUAUUAUUUAAGACAAGUGACGAAAUACUUAAAGCUGCACAAUUAAUGGUUGCAAUUCAAUUAGCAUACGAACCACUAGUUCGUAAAUGUAUUAGAGAAAUGUAUAUGGAGAGAGCAAAAAUAUCUGUAAAACCGACCAAAAAUGGAAUGAAGGAGAUAGAUGAGGGACAUGCCAUUUAUAGCUUAAAAUAUCUUAAAAAUAAACCUGUACGGGAUUUUGUCGGUGAUCAAUUUUUAAAACUAAUUAUAGCGGAAGAAGAUAAACUAAUUACACUUUUAUUUAGUGAUAUGAUAGAAGGAAAUAUUAGCAAUAAUUAUAUGGAUGAAAUAAAGCAAUUGUAUUAUAAGGACGAAUUUAGCAAAAGUGUUCAGGAUUGGAAUGCAUUAAGAAUUGGUAGUGUUGAAAUAGCUUUUAAUCAGAUUAUUAUACCUCAACUGAAAAAGGAGUUGCGGUCUAAUCUUUUAGCAGAAGCAAAAGAAUAUGUUAUGAAAGCAUGUUGUCGUAAAAUGUACAACUGGAUAAAAAUUGCACCAUAUACAUGCGAAUUUCCUAAUGAAAACGAUGAAGAUUGGGAUACUAACAAAGGAAUUCGCGUGAUGGGUUUAGCUUAUGUACCUGAUCCAUUUCAAGUCGCUUUUACUUGCAUAAUUUCUCCAGAAGGAGAAUGUACUGAUUAUUUAAAAUUACCGCAUUUAUUAAAACGUAAAAAUAAUUUUAGAGAAAAUGAAAAGAGGCUGAAAGAAGCGGAUUUAUUAGCAAUUAAAAAUUUUAUUGCUACGAAAAAACCACAUGUCGUAGUUGUAGGUGGCGAAUCUAGGGAAGCAUUAACGAUAGUAUCUGAAAUAAAGGAAUGUAUAUCUAAUCUUGCAGAGCAAGAAGAAUUUCCUGAAAUUCAAGUGGAAAUAUGUGAUAAUGAACUUGCUAAAGUUUAUGCAAAUAGUAAUAGAGGUAUAUCUGAAUUUAGAGAUUAUCCAGAAUUAUUAAGACAAGCUAUAUCUUUAGCAAGAAAAAUACAAGAUCCUCUAUUAGAAUUCUCUCAGUUAUGUACUAUAGAUGAAGAAAUUUUGUGCCUUAAAUAUCAUCCUUUACAAGAUCAACUUUCUAAAGAUGAUCUUAUAGAAAAUUUAUAUUUAGAAUUUAUAAAUCGCGUAAAUGAAGUAGGUGUUGAUCUAAACAGAGCAAUUCAACAGCCUUAUACAGCAAAUUUAGUACAAUUUGUAUGUGGUUUAGGACCCAGAAAAGGACAAGCCCUCAUUAAGAUUUUGAAGCAAACUAAUCAAAGACUAGAAAAUAGAACACAACUUAUAACAGCAUGUCAUAUGGGGCCUAAAGUAUUUGUCAACUGUGCUGGUUUUAUUAAGAUUGAUACAAAUAGUUUAGGAGAUAGCACAGAGGCAUAUGUAGAAGUAUUGGAUGGAUCGCGUGUACAUCCAGAAACAUAUGAAUGGGCAAGAAAAAUGGCAGUAGAUGCUUUAGAAUAUGAUGACGAGGAUGCAAAUCCUGCUGGUGCUCUAGAAGAAAUUCUGGAAUCUCCAGAAAGGUUAAAAGAUUUAGAUUUAGAUGCGUUUGCAGAGGAACUUGAAAGACAGGGUUUUGGGAACAAGUGCAUUACUCUUUAUGAUAUAAGAGCUGAAUUAAACUGUAGAUACAAAGAUCUUCGUAUACCUUAUCAAUCUCCAAAUACUGAAAAGUUAUUUGAUAUUUUGACUAAAGAAACUCCAGAAACAUUUUAUAUUGGUAAAUUAAUUCUAGCAACAGUUGUUGGUGUAAGUCACAAAAAACCUCAAGGAGAUCAAUUAGAUCAAGCGAAUCCUGUACGAAACGAUGAGACUGGAUUAUGGCAAUGUCCACUCUGUUUAAAAAACGAUUUUCCUGAACUAUCGGAAGUGUGGAAUCAUUUUGAUACCGGUGCAUGCCCGGGAAAAGGAGUCUCCGUUUUAAGAUUGGAUAACGGAGUAUCUGGUUAUAUUCACAUAAAAAAUCUAUCUGAUAAAAAUGUCGUCAAUCCAGAGGAAAGAGUACGUGUCGGCCAAGCAAUUCAUUGUCGCAUAAUUAAGAUCAAAGUAGAACGAUUUAGUGUCGAAUGUACUAGCAAGACGAGCGAUCUAAUUGAUAAAAGUCACAAAUGGCGACCUCAGCGAGAUGUUUAUUAUGAUUUGGAGGCAGAAGAGCAAGAUAUAAAAGCAGAAGAAGAUGCUAAAAAAUUGCAACAAAGGCGAACUUACGUAAAACGUAUUAUAAUUCACCCUAAUUUCCAUAAUAUAAGUUUUAUAGAAGCUGAGAAGUUAAUGCAGACUAUGAAGCAAGGAGAAGCAAUAAUACGACCUAGCAGUAAAGGAGCAGAUCAUUUAACCGUGACAUGGAAAAUUACAAAUAAUAUUUAUCAACAUAUCGAUGUAAAAGAGGAAGGCAAAGAAAAUACAUUUACUUUGGGCCGCAGUUUAUGGAUUGGCGAUGAAGAAUUCGAAGACUUAGAUGAAAUUAUCGCUAGACACGUUAAUCCUAUGGCUGCUUAUGUCUUGGAAUUAUUAGAUUUUAAAUAUUAUAAACCAAGUGUAGAAGGCAUUAAGGACAAAGCAGAAGAAAUUUUAAAGGAACAAAAGAAGAAAAAUCCUGGUGAAAUUCCAUACAUUGUGUCUGCAAGUAAAAAUUAUCCUGGAAAAUUUUUACUUUCAUAUUUACCACGAAAUAAUUGUCGUCAUGAGUAUGUUACUGUAAUACCUGAUGGAUUCCGAUUCAGAAAUCAAAUGUUUAAUAGAAUAAGCGAUUUGUUCCGCUGGUUUAAGGAACAUUUUAGAGAUGCUAUACCAAUUAAACUAGGUACCCCACAUGGAACUAUGACUUCUAAAACACUAUACAAUGGUACUUCAGGAAUAAAUGAAGUAAAUCCAGAUACCAUACAAAGAGUAGCACAAAAUAUGCCACACCACAUGCUACAUUCACUUUCGAAAGUAGCAAAUCAAACUUCACAUCAUUAUCCAUCAUACACGCCAGGAGUUGUUAGUAUCAAUAACUAUGAAAUGUAUGAAAAUACGCCUUAUACUCCUUCUGGUCAAACUCCGUUUAUGACUCCAUACCAUACACCACACUAUUUACAAACACCUAAUUAUUCUCAAGGACCAUUCUUACAACCAAUUCCUCCAGUAAUGAAUUCAAAUUCACGUAGAAUUGCAAGCUCACACACAUCUAUUUCUAAUGCUUCUGAUACAACAAACUGGACAAAAGCUGCAGAAGCAUGGACUCGAUCGAAGCAGUCUACUUUGAGAGAAUUUAAUACUACUCCAAGAUUUGAUGAAUCUAAAAAAACAUCACGAAAUCAAGAAAAUGAGACAGCAACUCCACGCAAUAGAACGACAUCUGCUCAUACUCCGUCUUAUAAAUCUCCUAGAGGAACUCCAUUUAUAAAUUCUAGUCCCCAGAGUAUGUCUCUAAGUGGAGAUCUUACUCCUUUAUGUGAUGAAAGUUAAAGCAAUAAUAUGCUUUAUGUAUAGAUAGGAUAAUUUUUUAUUUGAAACUCUACUUUAUAAAGAAAAGAAAGUAAGUUCAAUUAUAAAUAUGUAUAAUUUUAUUUUUUGCCAAUUGGCACAGAGCAUUUCCUAUAUCAAAUAUUUAGUACAAAUUAUACAAUUUUUCUAGAAUCUUUUUCGAGACAUUUUUCUAAAUG